AUGAGUAGUGCAUCAUACUCUGGCAGAAGAUAUGAUGAAUUUUUAUUACGAAACUAUCGACCAUACUCGUGUUCAAACUGUCUGAAAGCGUACAAGGAUCGUAACACGUUACAAGAUCAUAUACGAUAUAUUUGUGGCAAAGAACCUUCACAUUUUUGCCCAUUUUGUCCAUUUAAAUCACGUUUGCGUGGUAAUUUAAAGAAACAUAUUAUACAUAAUUUUGGUGAAUUAUUUAAUGAAGACUCACAACGUUUAUUCAAUUGUCCAAAAUGUCAGAAAACGUACAAACAUAAGUCAGCGUUACGUGAGCAUUUGUUGUACACAUGUGGCAAAGCACCAGCAUUUUCAUGCCCACAUUGUACACAUCGUACACAUUUACCUGGAAAUUUAAAAAAACACAUAUUACGUAGACAUUUUGAAUUAUCAAUGCCAUCAGCAACUAUCAUUCCAACAACUUCAUCAAUUUGGAAAUAA